AGCGGCGGCUCGGCGCGGGGAUCGAUCAUCGGAUCCGCAGUCCCGCCACGGCCGAUGAUCCGGCGAGCGAGCCGCCGCCUCCUCAGUGCCAUCCCACACCGCACUCUCCCGUCCCGCCGCGGCCUCGCGGCCAGCGCGGCGCUGCGGUGGCUGGACGACGAGCUCGCCUCGCUCGCCCUCCCCGAACGCGGGCCCGGCGUCGACUCGCACGCGUGCGCCAGGCUCCUGCAGGGCUGCGUCGCGCGCGGCGAUGCCCGCGGCGGCCGCGCCGCGCACGGCCACGUUCUGCGGGGCGGCGGCCCGGACCUCUUCUGCGCCAACGUCCUGAUCAACCUGUACGCCAAGCUCGGGCCCUUCGCCGGCGCGCGCAGGGUGUUCGACGGGCUGCCGGACCGGAACACGGUGUCUUUCGUCACGCUCCUCCAGGCCCACGCGCUGCGCGGGGACUUCGAGGCCGCGGCGGCGCUCUUCCGGAGGCUGCGGCUGGAGCGGCACGAGGUGAACCAGUUCGUGCUCACCUCGCUGCUCAAGCUCGUCGUUGCCAUGGACGCUCUGGGGCUCGCCUGGGCCGUCCACGCUUGCGCGUGCAAGCUGGGCCAUGACCGGAACGCCUUUGUCGGGUCUGCGCUCAUCGAUGCCUACUCCAUGUGCGCGGCUGUCGGCGAUGCAAGGCGCCUGUUUGACGGGAUCCUGGGUAAGGAUGCUGUGGCUUGGACUGCUAUGGUUUCUUGCUAUUCUGAGAAUAACUGCCCGGAGAACGCGCUUCACGUUUUCCGGGAGAUGAGGGUGGCGGCUUCUAAGAUCAACCCCUUUGCUCUGACCAGCGUGCUCAGGGCUGCCGUGUGCUUGUCGUCGGUUGCGCUGGGCAAGGGUAUCCAUGCCUGUUCAGUAAAAACACUUUAUGAUGCCGAGCCUCGCGUUCGUGGUGCGCUGCUUGAUAUGUAUGCCAAAUGUGGGAAUAUUGAGGAUGCCCGCUUGGCUUUCGACAUGGUUCCCCAUGAUGAUGUGAUACUUUGGAGUUUUAUGAUAUCCCUGUACGCACAGGGCAAUCAGAACGAGCAGGCCUUCGAGCUGUUCAUCAAAAUGAUGCGGUCUUCUGUGGUGCCUAAUGAAUUUAGUCUAUCAAGUGUUCUGCAAGCUUGUGCUAAUAUACCACUCUUGGACCUAGGCAAGCAAAUUCAUAGCAAUGCUAUGAAGAUUGGUCACGAGUCUGAGUUAUUUGUUGGAAAUGCACUGAUGGAUCUCUAUGCCAAGUGCAGCGACAUGGAAAGCUCACUCAAGAUCUUCUCAUCAUUGCGGGGUGCCAACGAGGUGAGCUGGAACACAGUUAUUGUUGGUUACAGCCAGUCUGGUUUUGGAGAAGAUGCUUUGAGUGUAUUCCGUGAGAUGCGUGCUGCUAGGGCGCCUUCAACUCAAGUUACAUACUCAAGCGUGCUCCGGGCUUGCGCAAGCACAGCAUCCAUCAAUCAUGUUGGCCAGGUUCACUGUUUGGUUGAGAAAUCCACAUUCAACAGUGACACCAUUGUAAGUAACUCACUUAUUGACUCAUAUGCAAAGUGUGGAUGCAUCAGGGAUGCUCGCAAGAUAUUUGAAACUCAGAAAGAACAUGAUAUAAUUUCAUGGAAUUCCAUAAUCUCAGGAUAUGCUGUUCAUGGAGAUGCUGCACAUGCCCGAGAACUUUUUGACAGGAUGAACAAGAGCGGUAUUGAAGCUAACGAUAUCACUUUUGUUGCUCUCCUGUCUGUCUACGGUAGCACGGGUUUAGUGAGCCAAGGACUCUCUCUGUUUGACUCCAUGAAGCUUUAUCAUGGCAUCAAACCAUCCAUGGAGCAUUACACUUGCAUUGUUAGGCUUCUAGGACGUGCUGGCCGUCUGCAUGAUGCUCUAAAAUUUAUUGGAGAUAUCCCUUCAGCACCAUCUGCUAUGGUUUGGCGUGCAUUGCUUAGCUCCUGUAUAGUGCAUAAAAAUGUGGAUCUGGGGAGAUUUUCUGCAGAGAAGGUGCUUGAGAUUGAACCACAAGAUGAAACAACUUAUGUCUUGCUAUCAAACAUGUAUUCUGCAGCUGGGAAUUUAGAUGAAGUUGCACUUUUGAGGAAGUCAAUGAGGAAUAUAGGUGUAAGGAAGGAGACUGGUCUUAGUUGGGUUGAGAUGAAGGGUGAAAUUCAUGCCUUUUCAGUAGGGUUGGAAGACCAUCCAGAUAUGCGAGUGAUACAUGCUAUGCUAGAAUGGCUAAACCUGAAAGCCACCAGGGCAGGUUAUGUUCCUGAUACUAACGUAGUGUUGCAUGACGUAGACGAGGAACAAAAGGCUCGCAUGCUGUGGGUGCAUAGUGAGAGAUUGGCUUUAGCAUAUGGGCUUGUGAUGACACCUCCUGGGUAUCCAAUUCGGAUAAUGAAGAAUUUGCGCUCCUGCUUGGAUUGCCAUGCCAUAUUCAAGGUGAUCUCCAAAAUAGUCAAACAAGAAAUUAUUGUGAGAGACAUCAAUCGAUUUCAUCAUUUUGACAAGGGAGCAUGCUCAUGUGGUGACUAUUGGUGAUGUUCCAUUGUCCAUUCAUGUAUUGAAGGGAGCUGCUCAUUGAUUUGUAUGAUCUUUAAUAUACUGGACUGCUGGUUUGAAAUGCUUAUGUUGAUGAUUUGCUGGACAUAAAAGAGCAGUCUUUGCUCGGCUGAAUCAUGUACCACGUGCCAGGUUGGCAUCAAUCAGCAGGGUAGUUUGAAAAAAAAAAAAGGCUUGCUUGAUCUGGACUGAGCAAAGGUAAACAUGCCAUAGAUCCAAAGGUUUUUUUCCUGAACAUAUCUGUGUGAUGUAUAUGUACAGAAUCUUUUUCUUUAGGAAAAACACAAAAGGCUUGCGUCUCGAUGUAUUGAAAUGGUAGAAAGGUUAGUACAGCCCAGGAGGGCAAGAUACAACGCACACUAGGAAAGGAGACAGAGAGAGAAAUAUUAGUGCGCAUCCCAAUCAACUGGGUUUAGAACACGCAACCGCAGAGCACCUGCACGAGCCGAAUGGCGUGCCUCCCUCCGUAAAGAAAUAUAAGAGCGUGCCACAGCUCUGCAACAUGUGCUAGAACUAUAUGAGAAUUGUUCGGGGCAGAUGAUAAACUUUGACAAGUCUUCGGUGAUGUUCAGUAAGAAUACAAGGAGUGAGGACCGGCAAGUGGUGCUGAAUAUUUUGAAUAUACGGGCAGAAGCUAGAAAUGAAAAAUAUCUCGGCCUUCCUGUGUAUGUUGGUGCAGCAAAAUCCCAGGUAUUUGAGUGCCUAAAGGACAGAAUAUGAAAGAGGAUUCAAGGCUGGAUCGAGCGGCUACUCUCAAGGGCAGCCAAGGACGUGUUGAUUAAGGCUUGUGCACAAGCGAUUCCCACGUUUGCUAUGUCAUGUUUCGACCUGACUAAAUCACUAUGUGAGCAAAUGGGGGCAAUGAUCUGUAGAUACUGGUGGGCUCAGCAGGAUGAUAUGAAGAAGGUGCACUGGCUAAGUUGGGAGUUACUGACGCGACCAAAAAGUAAAGGGGGAAUGGGGUUCAGAGACUUGCAUGGGUUUAACCUUGCCAUGCUUGCUAGACAGGCUUGGCGAAUGCUCACAGUCCCUGACUUGUUAUGUGCCCGGGUCCUCAAGGCCAAGUACUUCCCUGAUACAUCACUUUUGAAUGCUCAACCGAAGGCGGGGAUCUCAUAUACUUGGCGAAGUACCCUGAAAGGAGUGCAGUUGCUGAAGGAAGGUGUUAUAUGGAGAGUGGGAGAUGGAACCAACAUAAACAUUUGGUCUGAUCCGUGGCUGGCCAAGGAUGGAACACGACGACCUCGUACUCCGCGUGGCAACUGUGUGCUUACUAAAGUGGCGGAGCUUAUUGAUCGUACGACCAUGACGUGGGAUGAGCAGCUAGUCCGGGACAUCUUCUGGGCCUGCGGAUGCUAAUAUCAUACUGGCUACGCCUAUAAGAGAGGAUUUUGAGGAUUAUUACGCGUGGCACCAUGACGGGAAAGGUCAGUUCUCCGUCAAGUCGGCGUAUCAGGUCUUUAUAAAAGCAAGAGAUGAUGCAGCUGUUCCAACUACUGUUAAUACAGUACAGCCGGAGUUGAGUGGAAAAAGCUAUGGGAAAUGCCCUGUCCACCAAGGUGCAACAGUUCCUGUGGCGCUUGCUCACAAUAGCCUGCCAGUCAAAGCGAACAUCAAGCGGAAGGGGAUUGAAUGUGGCACUCUCUGCUUGUGCUACCGAAGACUGAAUGAAGAUGGGUGGUGUAAAGAGGCGAAGAAACUCUGGAGAGAAAUGCAGCUGGAAGAGGUUCGGCUACGGUUAUGUGCUUGUGCAAAAGCCAGGGAAGUGGUGCAACAGGUGAUCACUGAACAUGAACAAGUGCUAGUUGCUUGCAUGCUUUUGGAAAUGGUGGACUCGAAGGAAUAGGUUGAACAAAGGGGAGAAGAUCUGCUCAGUGCAGAACACGGCUGCUCAGGCGAGGUCUUGGGCCUUGGAACACCUGCAGAUCAAAGCGAAAUCAGUGACGGUGCAGGCUGCCAGACCGAGACCGGCAGGCAGACGGACAAGGCCUGACGGGGAUCAGUUGAAAAUCAAUGUGGACGGGGCGUUUCAUAGUACUGCAGGGUCUGGAGGAUGGGGGUUUGUAAUUCGUGAUAAUACUGGAGAUGCAGUUGGGGCGGGUGGUGGGAAGAUUCGACAUGCAAUCAGUGCUAUCCAGACCGAAGCUGAGGCAUGCCUCCACGCACUGUCGGCUGCCGCAGCACGGGGGAUCUCCAACAUACUGGUGGAAUCGGACUGUCAAACCCUCCUGCACGCGAUACAAGGUUGCGAAUACGAUCGGGCCCCGGAAGAUAUGGGUCUGUCUAGGACACAUCUAAAUGUGACAUAGUUAUGUCACAUCUAAGCUGAUGUUCACUCUGUUUGUGGUCUAUUUUUUUGUCCUAGUUUUUUUGUUUCUUGUUGCUGCAUUAUAUAUUUGUGGGAGCUUAGAUGUGACAUCCUAAAAAACAUAUGUGAAUUAGUCAAACUGGGAAGAUAUUCGCCAAUUUAUCCGUCUGAACUUCAGCGCAUUUGCUUUCUCA